GACUAAUUUCACUCAGCAUAAUGCCUUCCAGAUUCCUCUAUGUUACAAAAUGUUUCACGGAUUCAUCAUUGUUCCUUAUCGAUGUAUAGUAUAACAUUGUAUGAAUAUACCAUAAUUUAUUUAUCAAUUCAUCCAUUGAUGGGCACCUUGGUUGCUUCCAUCUUUUUGCUGUUGUAAACAGUGCUGAAAUGAACGUGGGUGUGCAUAUAUUUUAUUUCUCUAGGAUAUAUUCUAAGGAGUGGGAUUGCUGGAUUGUAUGGUAGUUCUAUCUCUAGCUUUUUAAGGAAGCGCCAAAUCUAUUUCCAAAGUGGUUGUACCAUUUUACAUUCCCACCAGCAGGGUAUAAGUGUUCCAGUCUCUCCACAAGCACUUGGUUCUUUUUAUAUUUUCCAUUUCUUUGCAGCAAGUCCCUAUCUCUUCCCUCAUAGAGACUGUAUUUUACAUUAAGUCCUUGGACCAUCUCAGCAUUGGUUUCUCUUGACUGCUUUCUUACUUGACUUGGGUCACAUUUUCCUGUUUCUUUACAUGUCUAAAAGUUUUGGAUUAAUUCUGGGUAUGGUGGGUGAUACAUUGUGGGCUAAGGAUUCUGUUAUAUUCCGCUGCAGAGAGUUGGUUUCUGUUCUGGCAGGCAGUUCACUUAUUGACUGAUCAUCCUCAACUUGUGUAGGCUUGGCUUUGUGCUUUGUCGUGACAAAUCUUUGGAAAGUGUGACGUGUUUCUCAAGUCCUUUCAACUUGAUGAGACCUGCCACUAAGCUGGGUCUCCUCCAUGCAUCUUGUUGAGGCUUGGCUUUAGGAAUUGUGGUUUUCCAGGGUGCUGUGGAUAUUAAUUAGGUCACUGAUGAGUCUUUGUAUCUCUUUUGCUCUUAACCCUGCAGCAACUGCUCUUUGUUAAUAUUUGGAGAGUUUCAUCAACCCUUGGCCAAGCAUUCUUGGUGAAACCCCACCCCCAUAGCUCCCUCCUCUCCAGAGCCCUGUCCUUCAGUUUUCAGCCACUACAGCACCUCUGAAGUCUGAUCUCUGUCUCCUCAACUAAGUGGUCACACUAAGUGGCCUCUGCACCGUGGUUGGAAAGUUGUCCCCAAGCAGACAGCUAGGAUGACUAUGGGGCCCACUUCAUGAAUCCAUUCUUGCAGGGAUUGCAUUCUCCCCUGCCGAUUGUCCAACGCCUUAAAACAGUUCCUCAAUCGUUUUCUUUCUGUUUACAGUGGGCGGGCUUGUCUAUGAUACCAGUUACUCUGCUAUGACCAGAAGCUGAAUUUCCCAACUAAUAUUUGCUGAGGAUUUAAUGUAUGCCACACUAGCACACCGGGUGCCGCAUGAAUGAAAUGUGUGGGUUCCCUUUUAAACAAAAAUAAAUAUACUGGCGUCCAUAAGGGAAAGUUGUAAUAGCAGAUGAAUCCUUUUUUACCUCUCUUUUUUUUCAUGCUUGAAAAAACUUGCCUUCUUAUUUUUUCAGUUUCUUAAUGAUUUUCUGAUUUAGAUGGAAUUGUUUGAGUGAAGUGGGAGGGAUAAGUACAUUGCUUUUUAUACCUCAAGGAAAAAGCAACUAUUAAAAGCUAGAUAUUACCCUAAUCUCUGAUUUAAGACAGUCAGGUGACUCUCAUGAAAACAUCAUCAACAGGUAUAUAUAUUUUGGAUUGUACUAGUUAGUAUUAUCUAUUAGUAAUGCUCUGAUAUUUAUAUCAGAGUCAGUUCUCUCAUAGCUUUUAAGGAUCGACUGAUAAUCCAAUACAGGAUGAGGAAUAUGGGCAAGAAAUAGUAUAUGCCCCUUUGAAAAAUAUCUUAAUAUUAACUUUGCCAUUUAGCAUUUCUCUUCUCUUUGAAAUUUUGAUAGCAUUAGCCAUAAAAUAGCAUUUACUUAGUUCUAGGAUGAAGAAGCUGUGACAGUCUGCUUCUAUAAAGAGUAAAGCCUUGGAAACCCUGUGAGGCAGUUCUAGUCUAUCCCAUAGGGUCACUAUGAGUAGAAAUCGAUUUGAUGCCAGUGGUUAUCAUUUAGUACAAGGCAAUAAAACUGUUGUUAGGUAGUCAGUAUUUGCUGUAAACGCCCUUUGAGCCCAAGGUUAAAAAUUUCAGGUGUGACAGGUUUUCCUUAACUUCCCAAAAAGACCAGUUUUCAACAUGGCACUCAAAAGAAGUCACUUGGAAAUUUCAUUGCACCUUUUAGGGGAGAGCUCUUUUCUCUUCAAGCUUAUCAUUAUUAUGGAAGCAUCUGAUCAUUUCAACGUAGGGCUUUAUUUCUAGGGCGCUGGUGGUUUCGUCCAGCCUUACUUUUCAGUCUGUAGAUAGGUAUAGAUACAGAAGUGUUAGGUGCAGCAGAGCUGUUUACCUGGAAGCCCAUAGUGAAAAUCCUUCGUGAUUGGCAUUCUUCUACUUGGUCUGGACAUGUGAAAACCAAGAGAGAAUGUUAUAAAGUGGGCAGGGUGAUGGUGGAAGUUUAGAUACGGAAUUAGUGGUUUGCUCUGUGGCUGCAAGUUUAUAUUCCUUCGGAACAGAAGAGCCCCUGGGUGGUGCACACAGUUGGUGUGCUUGGCUGUUAACUGAAAGGUUAGAAAUUUGAGUGUACCUAGGUGUCUGAAAGAAAGGCCUGGAGACCUACCUCUGAAUAAGCAGCAGAGUACAGCUCUACUCUGACAUAUGGCGUCACCAUGAGUUAGAGUCCACUCAAUAUCAAUUUUUUUUUCUUAAAUCCGUUGAGCAGUUUCAAAAGAUCCAUGACUGACUCCAAGGGUUCUGGAGGUGGGGGUGUUUCAGUCAUCUGGUGCUGCUAUAAUAAAUACCACAAGUAAAUGCCUUCAACAUAGAAAUUUAUUCUAUCACAGUCUAGCUAAUAGGCUCCAAGUCUAAAUUCAGGGUGCUGGCUCUAGGCUUCCUCUCUCUCUCGGCUCUGGAGGAAGAUCCUUGUCAUCAGUCUUCCCCUGGUCUAGGAGCUCCUCUGUGCAGGAACCCCAGGCCCAAAAGACACAUUCUGCUCCUGGUGCUGCUUUCUUGGUUGUGUCCCAGCGAGAGGCUCUGCCAAGACCUGCUUCUCCCCAGAGAGCCAUUCCAUCCCAGAAGCACUUCUCCUAAAGUGGAAGAACUUGCCAAGCCUGAUGAUGCCGGUUGACCUGGGGAAGCCCCUAGUCCUGCUGCCACCACUGGCAAAGGCUGAGGACCCCCCAUUCCCUGGACCAGAUGCUGCCCCUCAAGGGGAUGUCUCCGGCCCUGAAACUGCCCGGCAGCUUUUUAGGCAGUUUCGGUACCAGGUGAUGUCUGGGCCCCAGGAGACCCUGAAACAGCUUCGGAAGCUGUGUUUCCAGUGGCUGCAGCCAGAGGUUCACACCAAGGAGCAGAUCCUGGAGCUCCUCAUGUUGGAGCAGUUCCUGACCAUCCUGCCCGGGGAGAUCCAGACGUGGGUGCGGAAACAGUGUCCAGGCAGCGGAGAGGAGGCAGUGACCCUGGUAGAGAGCUUGAAGGGAGACCCCCGGAGACUGUGGCAGUGGAUCAGCAUCCAAGUUCUAGGACAGGAAAUCUUCUCAGAGAAGACGGAAUCUCCAAGCUGCCAAGUGGGGGAGGCUGAGUCCCAUCAUGACGUGGUGCUUCAGGAGCUGGGACUUCAGAAUUCAGCCUCAGAGCCUGCUGAGCAACCAAACCACAUUGUGAAAGAGGAAUCUGACGCUGAGCAAGAGCUAGUGAUGGCUGCCUCCCAGCUUCUUACCCGACCUGAGGAAAGACUUGUCAGAGACCAGGACCUUGGAGCCUCACUUCUCCAAACAUCGUCUCAGGAGCAGUGGAGGCACCUGGAUUCUACUCAAAAGGAACACUACUGGGAUCUCAUGCUGGAGACCUAUGGGAAAAUGGUCUCAGGAGGAGAUAGGCAGGAGAGUGACAAAGAGAACCUAAACUUGGAAAACUAUAGGAACCAGGAACCUCCAGAUGCCUACAAUGAUAUCUUAGGAGAGGCCCCUCCUCAGGCUUCCCUAAGUGGCUUCUUCAGUGAGGAUGAGCCAAGUCGCUUUGGAGAAGGAGAGCAUCUCCCUGAGGCACAGGGAAACCUCCAAGAAGCAGGGGGAGGGGAACAGCUGUCUCCUCAGGAAAGGAGUUCUGGGAAACAGCUAGGCCAACAUUUGCCAAAUCCUCACCCAGGAGACCUGUCUUUACUGUGGCUCGAGGAGAAGCCAGAGGCCCCCCAGAAAGGUCAGCUGAGAGCCCCCAUGGCCCAGAAGCUCCCUACCUGCAGGGAGUGUGGAAAAACUUUUUACAGGAAUUCUCAGCUUAUUUUUCACCAGAGAACUCACACAGGAGAGAAGUAUUUUCAGUGUCAUACCUGCAAAAAAGCCUUUCUGCGGAGUUCAGACUUUGUGAAGCAUCAGAGAAUCCACACAGGAGAGAAGCCUUGCAAGUGCGAUUACUGUGGGAAAGGCUUCAGUGACUUCUCUGGAUUGCGCCACCAUGAGAAAAUCCACACGGGAGAGAAACCAUAUAAAUGUCUCAUCUGUGAGAAAAGUUUCAUUCAGAGGUCAAACUUUAAUAGACAUCAGAGGGUCCACACAGGAGAGAAACCUUAUAAAUGCUCCCGCUGUGGGAAAAGUUUCAGCUGGAGCUCGAGCCUUGAUAAACAUCAAAGAUCCCACUUGGGGAAGAAACCCUUUCAAUAGCAGGACUCUUUUAUCCCAUUUUUCUCUCUCUCCAUUUAAAAAUACAUAGCUUUUGGAAUCAUCUGCAGGAAUUGCAUCUCAUAUCCCUGGUCUGUUUUCAUGGAUUGGAGAUGGGAGAACCUGUAGAUGGUUUUGAAGUUGGAGGAUAGAUUUGGCUCCUGGACUGGAUUCCAUGCCAGCUUAAUUUCUUGCUUCUGCAUCAGGAGAAAGAAAUGUCUUCAUCUUUCAGCUCAUUGCCUUGUUCAGAGUCUUCUCUUGGACCCCUUGGGGAAAAAAGUGUCACUUGGAGAUUGACGUUUAGAAGCGUCAUCUGGGAAGAGUUUAAGAGAGCAACUAUAAUUACUGUUCAUGGGAAGAACUUCUGAUCAGCCCUUUAGAGCCAGGAUUCCAGAACAUGUCUUCCUGAUACAGAAGAGCAGGCAGACAUAGAGAAGCAGAUGGUUCAUGUACAGGUGAAAAAUGAACUUGAAGUGUCCUUGUUUUAAAUAAACUUAGUAGAGUCACUCCCGAUCUCAUUUGUGUCUGAAAUGUUGACUGUGUUGACUAUCACUCAACAUGCAUUUUCUCACGGAAGAUCCCAAAUUGUAGUUGAGCUCCUAGUUGAACCCAUACAGACCUAUUAAGUUUAGAAUAGAGCAGAACAGUGAUAUGAUAGUGCUAACGUAAAGACCAGGUUGUGAGAGCUUGGCUAGUGCUUGGCACUGUGGUGUCUCAGGUCAGUCUGUCUUUGGUGCCCACCUGCUGGUGCCCCUCAAGCUGCCCCUUUUUGUCCUGACAUCCCACUUACAUGAUCAUUUUUGCUAAAGUGCUCUGUGCUUUAAAAUUAUCUUUAUUGCCUCCUUUUGUUGGAAGGUGUUAAGAAAUCAAUAGGAUUGAUUUUAUAGUACUGCCUAGAGGUUUACGAACAGAUAUAUCUAACCUGUACAAAUGACCUAUUCUUCCAAAGAUGCUUGCUGAAAAGUGUCCUCUUGCUUGUGUAUCCUGAGACUUCCCCUUCCUCUUCAUUUUGUUGUCUUCAUGCCUGGCUGUAUUGUACUGUUCGGGUGAGGAUCUAGAAGGAAGGUGCUAAUUAGCAAGACAGCUAUCUCCCUGAAAACAGAUUAACUUACAUGGUGGAAGCUCCAAGAUGUUGGCAAACAGUGGGAAGUGAGUUACUGGUUAAUGGGAGAGGAGAAACAAACCUCAAGUUAGAGUCCCUGAGUCCCAGAGAAAUCUGUCAACUCCCUUACUGCAUGAAGAUGAGGGAGAAGACUCCACAUAAUGGGGUGUAGGAAACCCGGGCUGACAGUAGGAAAAAUACGGAGGAGUUGGCAUUGGAUUCUGUAUUCUGCAUAGCAAAGAUUUGUGGGAUGGCAGACUUUGAUGCUUUAAAUCAGGGUUUCUCAAAGUGUGAGCCCCAGACCAGCAGCAUCUGCAACUUGUUAGACUUACUGAACCAAAGACUUAAUGAAUCAGAAAUUUUCAGAGCUGGGCCCUACCAAUCUUUGUUUUAACAAACCUUCCAUGGGCUCUGAUGCCUGUCCAAGUUUGAGAACCACUACUCUAAAUAGUAAUUGAUUAAAAAAUAAGUCUCUGUAGGGUUAUGAGGGCAUAAUGACACUAGAAGGAAUAUUGGGCCCUCCCAGUCAUUUCUUUCCAAACAAGCCUACCCAUAGAGCUCUUUAUACAUCAUUAAAAUCGUGGAACCCUUUGAGCUUCCAAUGAAAAUUUCUUCCAUAGAAAAAAACUUAGGAAACAUAGGUUAAAAGUUUUAGAGGAGAGGACGGAGCCAACAUGGCACUGUAGACAGACUUACUAUCCUCUCCUUCUGAAGCAAAGACCCAAAAAACUAAAACAGAUAUAAACAUCAGUCCUGAAACUCUAAGCAUCAAAUGAAGGAAUAAAGAACUAGAUUAAAUACUAAAUGGAAGAAGAAACUGACAAAAAACAAUGGGGAGAAAUAUGAAGUGGACGUCCCCUGCCAACUAAAAUGGCCUAACGUGGCCUUGAAACACAGCCAGCAAUGACAGAGGUCCGUGAAUACGGGAAGGGAAUUUUACAGAGCACCCAAGACUAGACAGAGUAG